AUGUCCCCGGACGUCUCCUACGUGUGUCCCCUUCUGCCCGCGGUGGACCUCGUGUCCACCUCGGGCCCCCAGCCCUGGAGGAGGCAGUACUGGGUAGGCCGGCCCCACCUUGGCCUGGCCGGAGCUUGCCAGCUGCAGGGGGCGGUCCCAGUGGUGGGGGAGGCCCCGGGACCCCGAGGCAAGGAAGCCCCCACGGGUCUGCCGCUGCCACUGCUGAGCCAGGUCCUCAGCGGGGAGUCCCAGGCCGCACUGUGUCCCCCUCUCCGAGCUGCUCUCAGUGGGGACCACCUGCCCGCCCCCGGGGGAGAACAGGACGCCCAGGGCAGGGCUGGCAGAUCUGGCCUCCACACAGAAGCCCCCUUCCUGCCCUGCUACACCAUCCAAGAGCCUACGGUGGCUGACGGCUCCCCAUCUCCCACAGGGCAUGGCCACGCUCUUGGUUCUGGUGGCCGCUGGGGUCCCUUCCUGCUGUCCGCGUGCAAGGCCCUUGCUGGUGGGCCGUGUGGAAGGCGCAGGCACACGCCUGCCCGAGGACGGUCCCCGGAUGCGGUGGGAGCGCUCACCGUGCGAGCCGGCCCCACGGCGCCCGCUGCCUCCGACCCGCCCGCGCCCCGUGCAGCAGGCUCUGUUCCUGUGGCAGAUGAGGGGACUGGGCCCCGAGAGCUGGGGGACCCCACGCAGCUGCUGUCAGAGCCGGGCUGCCCCAGGGACUCCGCCGAUGCAGGACAAAUGUGCUGGGCGUGCAUUUGCCCAGAAGUUGUGCGGCCUCAGGAUCUUCCGGUCAGCUCCCGUCUGUGCAGGAACCCCUGCUCCCAGGGGGCCACACAGCUUCGCUCACUGAUGACACCAGGAGCCGUGGGUCAGCUGCUGUCUGUCACCACCACGUCCCGAUCUGGUCCCUCCCCGAGGAGGCGGGAGGAGUGCCUCAUUGGGGCUUUAGUUAGGCCAAAGACUCUGAUUCCAGACAGCCUCCCCGUCACCCCAGGCCGGGACCGGCCCCCCAAGCAGCCCCCCACGUUCCAGAAGGCCACCGUGGUCAGCGUCAAGAACCCCAGCCCGGCCCUCCCCACCGCCAACAACACCGUGAGCCAUGUGCCGACGCCCAGCAGCCAGCCCCAGGCCCUCGCCGAGUCCUCGGCCAUCACCUCCCCCCUGAGCGGCGCCGGGGUGGCCUACGCCAUCAUCUCCACCGCCCCCAACAAUGCCACCGCCAUCGCCCCCAGCACCGCCGUGUCUGUGGUCAGCGACAGCGUCAUGGUCCAGCCCCUCCUCAUCAGUGCCGACAAGAAGGUCAUCAUCAUCCAGCCUCAAGUGCAGACGCAGCCCGAGAGCACGGCGGAGCCACGGCCGCCCACGGAGGAGCCAUCUCAGGGAGCUCAGGCCACCAAAAAGAAGAAGGAAGACCGGCCCCCGAGCCAGGAGAACCCCGAGAAAAUCGCCUUCAUGGUAGCUCUUGGCCUGGUCACAACGGAGCACUUGGAAGAAAUCCAGAGCAAGCGCCAAGAGCGGAAGAGAAGAAGCACAGCCAAUCCCGCCUACAGCGGCCUCCUGGAGACCGAGAGGAAACGGCUGGCAUCCAACUAUCUCAACAGCCCCCUGUUCGUCACAGCAAGAGCCAAUGAGGACCCCUGCUGGAAGGCCUUAAAGAAAGACGGUGGCGUGCCCUGGUCCGGGAUGCUGGCCAUUGUGCACUCCUACGUCACCCACAAGACAGUCAAGGUAGAGGAGAAGCAGAAGCUGCUACAGAGAGGCAGCGAGCUACAGAGCGAGCUCCGGCAGCUGGAGGAGUGUGACCGGCGCCUGGCCUCGGCGGUGAAGAAAUGCCUAGAGCUUAAGACGAGCCUGCUGGCCCGGCAGAGGGGCACCCAGACAUCCCUGGACCGCCUGCGGGCCCUCCUGAGACUGAUACAGGGCGAGCAGGUGCUGCAAGUUGCCAUGACGACCACCGGCCCCGCCCCGCUGCUGGCCGGGCCCUGGACCAAGCCCUCGGCAGCAGCCAUGCACCCCGCCCUCCAGCAGCCCCAGGGGCACAACUGA